CCAUAGUCGGCUGGGUCCUUGCGGGGAGUGACGCUGUGGUGGGUGGGAGAGACGGUUUCAGGGGCAGGACCCCCGCGCCCGAAAGGUGGAAGAAGACUGGUUCUAGGUCAGGAAGAGCCAUAGAGGAGCCAUUUCCAGACUCUGAGGGGUGUGUUGUGCUUGCCCGUGAUCGGUUCUGCUGCUCCUCAGGAUGGCCCACCUGGUUCUGUGUGAGCCCACAGAGCUGUACAACAUCUUGAAUCAGGUCACCAAGCUGUCCAGAUUAAUCGAGCCCAAUUAUCUCUGCUUGUUGGACGUGCGCCCCAAACGGGAGUAUGAUGAAAGCCACGUGAUUACAGCCCACAGAGUGAAGAAGAGUGGAGACAGGUAUCUGAUCCCAGAGUCCGUGGAUCUGGAGUGUGUGCGAUACUGCGUGGUGUAUGACAGCAAUACCUCCUCCCUGAAGGCCAAGCCCAAAGCUCGUGACAGUGCCGAGAAGUGGGAGGAAGAGGAGGAGGUGGAGAAGGAGGAAGAAGUGAAGGAGGAGGAAGAGGAGGAGGAGAAGGAGGAGGAGGAGAAGGAGGAGGGAGAGAAGGAGGAGGGAGAGGAGGAAGGAGCGGAGAACAUCAGACAAGACUUGGCAUUCGGAGAUGCUGUUCAGUGUGGCAGGAGCCUGAGCCACCUCACUCGCCACCCAGUCCAGAUCCUGAAAGGGGGAUACCAGCGCUUCUCGGCCAUGUACCACUUCCUCCGUACACAGAAGGUGAUCUGGAUGCCACAGGAACUGGAUGCAUUCAUGCCCUACCCUGUUGAGAUAGUACCUGGCAAGAUCUACAUGGGCGAUUUCAAGCAAGCCUGUGACCCCAAAGUGCAGAAAAACCUGAAAAUCAAAGCGCAUGUCAACGUCUGCAUGGAGACAGGGCCAUUUUUUGAAGGCGAUGCUGACAGACUGCUGCACAUCCGGAUACAGGAUUCCCCGGAAGCCAACAUCCUCCCCUUCCUGCGGCAUGCCUGUCACUUCCUUGGGCCGAGAAUGGAAUUUUGGCCCAGACACACCCUCCUCUGCUCAGGAACUGGACUCUCCCUCCCCUCGAUGAGCUGAGCUUCAGACUUCCCAAGUGUUCCCCUGAGGGGCGGCAGAGCCCUAUGACCCACUCUGAUCCCUGCAGGGGGUAUCUGACAUAUGCUGGCCCUCUGUAGCUGUCCAUCAUCUGUGCUUUUUCUACCAAUACUUAGCAAGGCUGGCCUCACUUCACACAAAGAUAAGAUCUUAUCUCAUCCAUAGAAAAGAUCUUUUCUCUCUGGUCCUGUCGCAGAGUGUGCUGGCUAAGGAUCUAAGGAUCCCCACCUCCACCCCACCAUGCUGUCUCCUGGCCUCUGGGGCUGUUGCUCAAGCCACCCCUGGACUAAGCAGUCUGCCGCACCCGCCUGCUGAGGGGGUGCUGUGGCUUGGAUAACAGGCCCAGGCCCCUAGGGCCAGUGAGUGACGGCCCCAGGCCGUGGCCGUGCUGCCUCUGCCAGCAUCCAGGUGCCCUUGGGGAUCCAGCCCCUCAUUCCCACCCAGGAAGAUCACCUGGAGGCAAACCUUCUGGGGGCUGGAAGCCUGAGCUGGGUAGAGGGGACCAUCAGCCAAUCCCAGGCUUCCCACUGGCCGGCGACAAAACAGGGUCUCAGAGCUGGCACAUGGCUGGCCUGGGACCUGCCAAAGCUGGCCAUCCCACGGGGACCUAGACCCUGGGGAAGAGGGCCUGCCAUGCGUGACACCCUCCUCCCCCUUCC